GACGUGGCUAAUCUCGUAAUGUCUGGACGAGGCAAACAAGGCGGUAAGGCUCGCGCUAAGGCUAAGACCCGGUCUUCGCGGGCCGGGCUUCAGUUCCCCGUGGGCCGAGUGCACCGCCUGCUCCGCAAGGGCAACUACGCCGAGCGGGUCGGGGCCGGCGCGCCGGUGUACUUGGCGGCGGUGCUGGAGUACUUGACGGCCGAGAUCCUGGAGCUGGCAGGCAACGCGGCCCGCGACAACAAGAAGACGCGUAUCAUCCCGCGCCACCUGCAGUUGGCCAUCCGCAACGACGAGGAGCUCAACAAGUUGCUCGGCAAAGUCACCAUCGCGCAGGGUGGCGUCCUGCCCAACAUCCAGGCCGUGCUGCUUCCUAAGAAGACCGAGAGCCACCACAAGACCAAAUAAGUAACAAGUUUCAGGAGGAAGCUGCAAAGAGAAAAAAUACAAGAACUGGUUAGAACCAACUACACGCAAGAUGGCGGAAGAUUUGACUUCCAGUAGACCUUGAGCCUCAUUAUAUGUUUAUUAGAAUACAUUAGCAUGCUAAAUGACACACCCACCAGCACCUUGACUGUUGACAGUUACCAUGACAACAAUGGGACAAGCUCAUACAAGGACUGAAAAGGAGGAUUGCAUCAGUUCUGGGCCUAA